CGGCCUCGGGUCUGUUUGCGCGCUAAGGCACGUAGUGAUUAGCUAAUGUCCCCGGCACGUGCAAGGGUCUGCAGCUGCUUGGCCCGGGCUUUAGCCGGCUGUCACGAGCUGCCGCCUGGCAAUCCCGACUUUCUCCUGCUUAGCCGAAUUGUCAAUGAAACGGCUGUGAUUGGCCGGCUCGUGGCCUCUUCUCGAGGUCUCAUAGCCGAGGAAGAGCCACUUCCAUCUUCCCAGCUUCUUCCAUGACGACGAGACCAAACGCCGCCACCGAGAGUCUUUAGCAAUUGAGCGGCUGCCAGGAGGAACCAAAGGGUACGAUUGCCUUGGCUCGAAUCAAUCAUCAGUUUCAACUCCGAUCCCUUCCCUGUGAACCACUGCAGACCAGCUUCAAGACGCGGGGCUGAGCCGGAUCCGAAAAAAGCUAUCCCGAACCCGAAAAAGCAUCGAAACUCAACUCGGAACACGAGACAACAGCAACCAUGGCCGCUCUCCGCUCCUCGACGCGAGUCCUCAGCUCCUCUACCAGGGCAGCUUUCCGUCCCAGUGCCGUCUUCUCGCGGUCCAUGGCGUCGGUCAGCGAGACCACUGAGCAGCAGCCCAAGAUCAAGUCGUUCCAGAUCUACCGAUGGAAUCCCGAUACCCCGACCGAGAAGCCCAAGCUUCAGACCUACUCCAUUGACCUCAACAAGACGGGCCCCAUGAUCCUGGACGCCCUGAUCAAGAUCAAGAACGAGCAGGACCCGUCCCUGACCUUCCGAAGGAGUUGCCGAGAGGGCAUCUGCGGCAGCUGUGCCAUGAACAUCAACGGCCAGAACACCCUGGCCUGCUUGUGCCGAAUCCCCGCCGAGUCCUCGUCCGAUGUCAAGAUCUACCCCCUGCCGCACACCUACGUCGUCAAGGACCUGGUUCCUGACCUGACGCACUUUUACAAGCAAUACAAGUCCAUUCAGCCCUACCUGCAGCGCGACACCCCUGCUGAAGAUGGCAAGGAGUACCGCCAGAGCAAGGCGGACCGAAAGAAGCUGGACGGUCUCUACGAGUGCAUUCUGUGCGCCUGCUGCUCAACCUCGUGCCCCUCUUACUGGUGGAAUUCCGAAGAGUACCUCGGCCCCGCCAUCCUGCUGCAGUCCUACCGAUGGCUGAUUGACUCCCGAGACGAGCGCACGGAGGCUCGCAAGUCCAAGCUCGAGAACUCCAUGAGCCUGUACCGUUGCCACACCAUCCUCAACUGCACACGCGCCUGCCCCAAGGGCCUGAACCCCGGCAAGGCCAUUGCCGAGAUCAAGAAGCAGAUGUCUCUUGGAGCAUAAGGAGCAGAGUUGGAAUGUCAUUGCGGGGGAGAGAAAUGGGAGGGAAACUAAAAUUGGGCGGAUAUCUUGAGGAGUUUAUUGCCGCUGUGUAUGUAUUAAUCACCGAUGAAACUUACCUAGUACUAUUCAUCGAUGUUCGACUAGGGAGAAGAGUAAAAAUAUCUUUUUAUUUUACAUAACCAGUUCAUUGUACUCUCGCA